CAAUCGCGAUUCCUCUCUUUUUUUGGCACGUUUUAUUGUUUCUUACCUUUGAGUGCGAGUUCCAAGUCCAAGUCCAACUAGAGAGUAGGGAUUUUAGUUCUGCCGGUUCUGCUCCAACCUUUUUGAAUUCCACGGUUUUUCCUUAAAAAUGCGCGUAGGUAGUUGUAGUUUUCCAUGCACUAUAAAACGACACCCAGACGAAUUUGUUUUCACAUUUCUGUAUAAUACAAACAAAUACGUUGCGGUCUCAUACAGUCGGUCGCAAAGUUUCGAUCUGCCAUUUGAGAACCCAAAAGGAGUAGACAUGGAAGCAUUUGGUGAACCUAACGACCCGUCGCAAAACGAAGCAGAAGAAUCUGUGGACAAAGAAGUCGAAACAAACGAAUUGAUUGUGUUGGAUCCUGAUGCCACUGAAGUUGAUUUCAAUCAUGGAAGAAUUGCAAAAAUCGAGAAUUUGGAGUGUUUGACCCAAGUAGAGGGCUUAUAUUUACGUUGGAAUCUUAUCAAGAAGAUUGAGAACAUUGGUAUGCUGUCCACUUUGAGAGAGUUGGAGCUUUAUGACAACCAGAUAACUGAAAUAGAAAACCUGGGAUCACUUGUCAAUCUUGAACUUCUUGAUUUGUCAUUCAAUCGCAUCAAGACUAUCCAGGGGUUGGAUACCUUGGUCAACUUGAAAAAAUUGUUUCUAGUGUCCAAUCGGAUUGAGAAAAUUGAAAAUCUUUCUAAAUUGAAAGAACUUCAGAUGCUUGAGCUUGGAGACAAUAGGAUUAGGGUAAUUGAAAAUUUGGAUGAACUUACUAACUUGGAGUCUCUCUUUUUGGGGAAAAAUAAAAUAACUCAGUUGAACAAUCUUCAGUCAUUAAGCAAACUUAAGCUUUUAAGCAUACAGAGUAACCGUAUCGUAACUAUUGCAAAUCUCGAUAAACUAAUUAACUUGGAAGAGUUGUAUUUAUCGCAUAACGGAAUCCAGGUGAUUGAAAACUUGGAGAACAACACGAAAUUACAAACCCUUGAUCUCGCCGGCAACAGAAUUAAAUUGAUCCAGGGAUUGGACACAUUAGGCCACUUGGAAGAAUUCUGGUUUAACGACAAUUUGGUUGAAGAUUGGAAUCAACUAGAUGGACUUCGUGGAGCUACUACAUUGCAAACUGUAUACUUUGAACGUAAUCCCAUUCAAAAAGACGUUAAUUACCGCCGUAAAAUUAAAAUGGCUCUACCUUCACUAACGCAAAUUGAUGCUGCUUUAUGUCGUUAAAUUAAACGUGUUUCAAACAUCAAAAAGUUGUUUUUCAAAAUGUGCGCUAUGUUAAGAAUAAUAAAAAAACUUCCAUUUUGCA